AUGGCUUCUAACUUCGUCCCCUUGCCACCGGGUUUCAUCGACCUCGCAGAGGCAAACAGUGUCGAAGGAAAUUCGAAACCGUUCAACGUCAUUGGGGUCUGCGUCGACUUUCUCGCUCCAACAAGGUGCCGGGGUGGUCGACAAGAUUACACCAUAAGAUUCACGCUGCACGAUCCAGCGUGGUCAGCUGGCACAGGUCUGCGCUUCUCGUUCUUUCACAGCCAACAAGACCAACUUCCGGAUAUCAGAGACCAAGGCGAUGUCGUCAUCCUGCGGAAUGUCAAAAUAAAUGUCUACAAUGGCCAGACGAUAGGGUGGUCCAACUCCUCUUCCACAUGGGUUGUGCUGCCUGCUACUGAGUUGGAGAAGAUCCAAUCCGUCCAAGAUCUCAAGGAUAGGGGCAGAUUCAUGGGACAAGGAGGGGGCGAUCGCAAUCACUACCUUCUAGGAGCUAGAGCAGCUCUUCCCAACGAAGCCGAGUUGAAGUAUGCUCAAUGGAUUGCCGAGCAGGAAGAUCCAAGUCUGUGGACAAAGCCGCAACCCAGAACACAACUGGAAAUAGCCAAUACCAUGGAAGCGCAUGGUGGCACCGCUCCUGCCCGCAGAGAGAAAUUUCGUACACUUGAUCAACUCGACUUACCCAGCGGCAGAGCUUACAUCUUUGUAGAUCUUUUGGGUGAAGUGCGCAAAAUCUUCUCUCCCAACGACUUGACCACCGAGCUCUAUCUGACUGAUUAUACUACAAAUGACGGGCUCCGCGACUACCAGCACUCAAAUGAUCAGGGUGGCCGAGAUGGCGACCCGUGGGGUCACAUCGAGGACAAAACGUCAACCAAAUGGCCCGGUCCCUGGGGAAAGAUGACAAUCAUGGUCACAUGCUGGGAGAGGCAAGCUUCUGUUGCUACACACAUCGCGAGUUUGGGCAGCUUUGUAUACCUGCGUAACGUUCAAAUCAAAAUGGACAAGGAUGGCUCGAGGCUCGAGGGCAAUUGUCGAGAUGAUCGUGACUACCCAGAGAAGGCCUUGAUCGAAGUGGUGAAGUCUGACGAUGAAAAGCGGACGGAGUUGCUGCGUCGCAAACGAGCAUACGAGCAAAAGGUGCAGAACGAAGGCAUCAGAUUUUAUCGCGACCCCAGCCAAACGGCAAAGAAGCGGCAGAGGGAGGAACCUAGCGAGCAGCAGAACGACGAACCGAAGAACAAGAGGGCCAAGGCAAGAAACCGCAAGAACAAAAGAGCAAAAGCCGAGGCUCUGCAAGAAGAGAAGCAGAAGGCCGCAGCCACAAUUGCGCGACACGAGCACUCCCUCCUGAAACCCAACACCAAUAUUCGAUGUAACCAGUAUCAGGGGGUCUCAUGCAAGCACAUUGUUGACAUCCUCGACCCGGACAUUUUGAACCGCACGACGGCGAAAGGCAAUGCCUACCGACUCCCGUUCCAGAACUGCACGUACAAGUCGAAAGUGCGCGUUGUGGACUUUUUCCCAGACAAUAUUGCCGACUUUGCUGCCCCACGAAAAGACGGACAGUAUGACGUAUUGUCAGACAACGAUGACUUUGAAGAAGAUAUGGACGUCGAUCCUACUCAGGAGGAGAACGCGAGCAAUCUGAAAUGGGAAUGGCGCUUCCUUCUCCUUGUCGAGGACGCUCGAGCGCCGGCAGGUGUUGAUGGGCGAGCGACCCAGAUGGAAUUGCUUGUGGCCGACACCGAUGGAGACUACCUCCUGAAUAUGGACGCCUGCAAUCUGAGGGACAAAGCAAACCAGAAUGAACUGGCGACGCUGAAGGAGAAACUGUUUCACUUGUGGGGGGACUUGCAGGAGAGGAAGGAGGAAUCCUGUACGACCGCCGAAGAGCCCAGUGUCAAACCAAGCGCAAGACCUUUUGAGUGCCUGAUCAAGGAGUACGGGGUACCUGGUGUGCGCUCAAACCGGCAAGCCAAGGGUGCCGUUGUUUAUGACCGACGAUUUCGUCUCUUUGGGACAACGAUCUGA